GCGGCGGCGGCAUCAUCAUCCCGACCAAACGACAGCAGCCGCAAUACUGAACAGAACUGCUCACAUCCUCUGUUCAACGCAUUAUCCAUGCAGUUCCUGUCAUUGGAUUGCUAUUUAUAGCCAGGGGUUAUGUGGGGAGCACCGCUGGCACAGCGUUGCGGUGUGGCUUGUUUUGUUAGACAGAAAACGAUACCCGGUGAUCUCCUUCGCUCGAUGGGAAGAAUUCAAUGUGUGACGCUCUGAAGGAAAUUCAUGUUCUCCUCUCAUUGCUGUCCCACACACUCAGGAACAUCAAUUGAGUUAUUCUAGUGCUGGUGUCCUGGAUUCAUUUGUGUUAACACCAAAGGAAAUGUCUAGUUAGCUGACGCACAGCCAUGAUGAAAUCGGGCGCCACGAAGGUGGGGCUGCCCAAGUCGGGACUCCAGGAGCGGACCAAGCCAGCCUCCAUGGCCCCAUCUUCCUCCACCACCACCUCCACAGCCAUGAAGACCUCCAGAUCCUCUAAUACGCUGGCCUCAGACCAACGCCACAGCCGGCUGAAAAGAGCCAGCAGCGAUGAUGCCUUGACAAAGCCUACCCUGGGAGCUGCUGCCUCUGGCUCCCGGAUGAAGAAGACUGUGACCACUGGAGCCAUCUCAGAUCUCACGGAGGCCCGCCCUCGCAGCCUGUCUGGUGCACAAGUGGCCAAGAAGUCUGGUAUCCCAGCUCCUAGAGAGAUCCCUUCUUCCAUAACAAGAGACCGCAUCUCUCUAAGGGACCAGCUUAGGAGCUCUACCACUAAGAGGAUGGUUUCUAGUGCCAGCACUUCCAGCCUCUCCACCCUGGCAAAGCAGACACGCAGUUCAACUAAGUCCCGUGGAGAUGCAGAGGGCCAAGAAAGGGGCCUUCUGGAGUGCCAGGUGAAAGAGCUGCUGGCUGAGGCCAAGACCAAAGACUUGGAGAUCAGCAAUCUCAGGAUGGAGUUGCAGUGUUGCAAAGGUAAAGCCUCCACUGCUUCCUCACCCAACUCUGUCUCAUGGGAAGAGCCUGCAGAAGAUCCAGAGCAGGGACAGGUGGCGGAGGCCCUUGUGCUGGUUGGGGAGCUGAGGGCGAAGAACGGGAAGUUCCAGAGAGAGCUGGCCGCGCUUAGGGAGGAGAACCAGGCACUGAAGGAAAAGCUGCUUCGCGUGGAGGCCUCUCCUCUCUCUAGUACAAACUCAAGCACCUCCUCCAAGCCUCUGGUAAAUGGCCUGUCCUCAGACUCCAACUCCUUAAGUCCACAACAGGACAGUCUGCCCUGUACUGCCAGUCCUCUCAAAACCUCUGUCUCUUCCUGUUCUGACAUCACCAAGGACUCACCAUCACCCGACUCAUCCGAGUUUGAGAAGAUCCCGUCUCUUUCAGAAUCAGUGAGCAGCGGUGUCAGUGGGGAAGUCGUCAUAGUGGAGGCAGUAACUAAUGCAGGAGAGCAGGAUGUGUCAGUGCAGAACCUGAGAGAACAGAUUCACAAGAUGGAGGAGAGCCACCACAGCACGGCUGAGGAGCUGCAGGCAACUCUGCAGGAGCUGGCAGACCAGCAGCAAGUGGUGCAGGAGCUGACGGCUGAGAACGAGCGUCUGGCCGAGGAGAAGCGCCUCCUGCAGACCUCACUUCAACAACAGAGAGAGCGCCUGGAGAUGCUGGCCCAGAAGAAUGAGAUGCUCGCUGGCCGAUUCCAGGAGCAAGCCCAAGCUCAGGCCCAGAGGGAGGAGGAGCUGGGUAGCCAAGGGCCUCGGCUGGCCGAGCUGGAGCAAAGGUAUGCCGAGCUGGUUGAGAGCUCGCGCUUCGAACGGGAGAAGCUGGUGGACAUCCAGCAGCAGCUGACUGGCAGCCUUCGGGCUCUGGAGGAGGAGAACCAGGAGGCCCAGGGCCAGGUGCGCUGCCUCAGAGAGGAGAUGGAGAGGCUGCAGGCCCAGCGGGACAGAGAGCUAGAGGCCGGAGGUCAGGCAGCACAGGCCGCAGAGGAGCAGAGAGCGACAGCAGACGGUCUCCGACUGGAAAACAGUCGGCUUAAAGCGCAAGUGGACAUUGAGAGGCAAAAGGUUGGUGAGUUGAAGGCCAUGCAGAGUGCCAGUGACGGCUCUGAGGUGCAGAACUUGCUGAAAACAGCCCACGCUGAGAGAGACAGGCUGGAGGUGGAGCUGACAGAGCUGAGGCAGGAGCUGCUGCAGGCCCAGGCCGAGACUGAGCAUGUGCGAUCCACAAUGACCAAGGUGGAGGCCAAAUGCCAGCAGGUUCAGGAGCGAGCUGAGAUGAGGGAGCAGGAUCUCAGUAGCCGGGUGACUUCGCUGGAGGACGCCGGGAUCCAUACUGAGAGCCAGGUGAAGGAACUGAAGGAGACCAUCUUUGAGCUGGAGGACCAGGUGGAGCAGCAGAGGGCCGUCAACUGCCACACCAACCAAGCCGUGCUGGAUAUGGAGAAUCUUGUCAAAAAGCUGGAGGAGCAGAAAGCUGAAGCAGACCGACAACUGAAACUCUUGAGUAGACGGAUUAAGGACGAAAAAGAAGAGUGGCGUCGGUUCCAGGCGGACCUCCAGACGGCGGUGGUGGUGGCAAAUGACAUCAAGGUGGAGGCUCAGCAAGAGCUGCGUACACUCAGGAGGCAGCUGCAGGAGGAACAGGCCCGCAGUGCAAAGCUUUCGACAGACCUCGAAGCCCUGCAGGGUGUCAGGUCCCAAGGUGAUGAGGUGAGGGUGUCCGACUCCGACAUCAACCGUCAUUGGUGCGGCAUCUCCAUGAUCCCGACCACAACCUCCGACGCAGGUGGAGAUGCCGACUCAGAGCCCGAAGCUACUGUCAAAUUCCUCAUUAAGUCCUUUGAUACUGUUGGACAGAAUGGAGCAGGCCACACAGUUCAGAUGCAUUCCUCUCCAAGAACACCGCUGAGUGGGAUCCCCGUACGCACUGCACCUGCUGCUGCUGUCUCCCCCGUCCAGAGACACACGUACAUAAAGCCGCUGUCAAAGACACUAGAAAAAAGAAUCAACCACGGAGAAUUCUCUCAUCAUCAUGAGAAGUUGUCGGGCUGCGGUGAAGACCUGAAACCUAACCGCCUGAUGAGGAAGAGCCCUUCUCUGGAGUCUGUAAUCAAACCCCCCGCCUCCCUCAGCAGCCGCACAGCAUCCUUUAGCUGCAACCGAGGCAACAGCAAACUUAGUGUGGAAAGAAAGGACCCCUUGGCUGCACUGGCGCGGGAGUACGGAGGAUCUAAGAGAAACGCUCUACUGAAGUGGUGCCAGAAGAAAACAGAAGGCUAUUCGAAUAUUGACGUGACCAACUUCAGCAGCAGUUGGAGUGACGGCUUGGCUUUCUGUGCCCUCUUGCACACAUAUCUACCUGCCCACAUCCCCUACCAUGAACUCAUCAGUCAAGAUAAGGACCGGAAUCUGACCCUGGCUUUCCAGGCCGCCGGGAGCAUUGGGAUCAAACCCUCUCUGGACAUGGAGGAGCUGAUGAAGACGGACAGGCCGGACUGGCAGAGCGUCAUGCAGUACGUCUCUCAGAUCUACAAGUACUUUGAGACCUGACGGGGGAAGAGGAGCUGGAGACCGACGAACCACAUUUACCUUCCAGGCAGACCGAACGCUGCCACCUGGACGCUUCUCCUGCUCACUGCUCCACGCCAGGGACGUGACGGAGGAAUGUGAGAACGGAGCUGCUCGUUGUCUGGUUUCUCAGCGGGACACAUCUACAACGACUGCAGUGAGGAAACGCAUCACCUCUUAUACGAGCUUCAAGAGUCAACCGGGCAUCUGAUUCACAAACAAACGGACUAACACAAUACUUCUCGAGCCCUGUGGCAGCAUGACUGAGAGAAGAUUCAGAUUGGAUUUUGUAUUUAUUUUUUUGUAUACCUCUCUCUUGACUUUGAAAGAAUUGACAAAAUGACAUCAGUAGAAAAGAUAUUUUUCCCUUAUUUGCUAAUUAUCAGUGUUGUUUGUGAAUCAAAUGCUCGGGUUGUGGUUGUUUUCAACAUAUGACAAAUCUUCCUCCACACCAGUUGUUCGAGAGCGUCUCUGCGUGGUGGACGCGUCGCCGCCUGUGUGUGGGGCAACAUGCGGGAGAGGCCGCGUGGAACCAAACUUUGGGUCCACUUUGUUCCGUUGGCUGAAAUGUUGCUUUUUCUCAUACGAAGGGCUUAUUGUGAACUAGCUGGAGUUGUACUUUGCAGAGCAGAGAGUAUUUUUGAACUGACGCGUUUGAGUAGAAUUGAAGCCUUUAUAUUUUUCAUCUUUGAUUGUGUGCAGAAUAGAAAUCAAACAAACCGCAGCUGCCACCUGUGGUGAGAGACUAAAUAUGAUUCAAGGGUUGGUAGAAUCGCCCUCCUGUGUUUUCUUCACGUGUUCCAUCAAGACUGUCUCAACAACUAUGGUACUGCAGCUGCUUGGCAAAAUAUACAUAUUUGGCAUUGCCAUGUUAAAUUAUGACGAAAAUGAGGACUUUUACAUGUCAGAGAAGAGCCACGGCGCCUCCUCUGUGGUUUGACGAAGAUGAGCCUCCAAUUGUAUUUGGGAAGAUUAAAAGUGUUAUUUAUUUAUUUACAGGACUUGCAUCCUGAAAAGUGAGAUUGUGGAUAGUUUUCUAUUCACGGAUGUCAGAUUUGGAGGCCUGGUGGAUGGAUAUUGCUCAAUAAAGGAUUUUCAAGUUUUAUAUUCAAUUAUUCAUUUUUAAAAAAAUGUUAUGUUAUGUUUUGACACAAAGAUGCUGAGUUGAAGCACUCCCAGCUGUGUGCAUAUUACUGUUAGACUGCUUUUCCACUGUUCCCACUAAAGCUUUGUGCCAGGGUUGUGAAACAUUCGGGCACGUGGGACCACUGACUGGAAAAGUGUUGCCUGCUUCCCACAUCACACCUUUUCUACAGCAGGUAAUACAUAAUGGAAAUAUCUUCACACAAUAAAAUGGGUUUGCCAUUGCCAUUAAAACAAACUUGGUCUGGCUCUCAGGAAUAUUGUGUGCAUUUUCCUCUCUUUAAAACUGAUAUCCAUAUAUUACCUUUGCUCUGAUCUCAUGUGUUUGCGUCAGCCAAAAGCGAAAGCUAAACAAUAAUCUGCAAACAUUAAAA